GACGCGCUCGUCUUCGCGUAGCUUAUCCAUCCAUCCAGCAUCCAACCAUCCCAAGUCGACUGCGCGACAUUGGCCGCUGCAUCUCCCUUCAUCAUCUAACAGAAACGGCGCCCCUACCUGCGGUGCAUCUAAUUCCCGGCGAAUCAACCUCCGUGUUGAGUUGCCCAGCCACGGUUUCAAACAACACAGUAGCCUGCUGCUGGCUGUUGUGGACGGCACUGCUCGCUGGCUGCUGCUGCUGCUGCUGCUGCGCACACAAACUGUCAUCUGAUUGCCCUUUCUUUUCCCUCCCGUCCGUCCGCAGAUUAUUGACAAUCUCGACAUCUGAUGCCAUGUCCCCAGUCGUCGCUAUCAAUAUGCCAAUAUUGCAAUUAGCAUGAACAGCCCUCCUCCGCAGCCGACCCUGACCCCGUCGCCCCUUCCGUUCAGCACCACUCGUAGCGCAGCACCUGCCAUGUCCGCCGCGACACCUCUGGGAAAAUCAACAACAUCAACAACAACAGCUCCAUCCCAACAAUCCACCUACACCACCACCUCCUCCCCCUCAUUUAGCCCUGCACACGCCUCCGCACCGUCACCCGCUCACAGACCGCCCACCCUGUCUCCGUCUGCCUCUGCCCCUAAUUCCACGCCCACGCCCACCCACACUCCGCCCACAGCCACCUCGUCCGCCGGAACCUCGCCUCGUCCUGACCGAACCGCAACCUCCAACGCCUUGGAAAGCUCCCGCAAGCUUGCGCGGAAUGUGUCACCUGGUCUCCUGGCGCGCAUGAAAUUUCUGAACCAGGGCCCAGAGACACCAGCUCGACUCCCACCGCCCACCUCGCAGAUCGGCCGCAUCUCCGAGCACAAGAUUCGCGAGCUCGACGACUUCCACCGCGACCGCACCGUGCGCAUAGAGCGACGCGGCACUACCUGGAACGGCAGCGUCGCCGGUAGUAUCAGCGGCAGUGUCACCGGCAGCCAGGUCAGCACGCCGUUGAUUCCUCAACUGACUGGCGAGAGCGUCCCUGCCCUGGCAAUGGACCAGAGUCCUGCCAGCGACCGUAGCAGCCUUGUGAGCACCAGCGACAAAGUCCUACCCUCCGAUUCCGAGGCUGGCGAGAACCCGAGCGAGGACACCCAAAAGUAUCGCCUGCCCGACAUCACAAAGACCAAAAGCCUCACUCAAUCCAUCACCGAGAGCCCUGCUUCGAGCGAAGCCCAACUGACCCGACCUCCCACCCCUCCACCAAAAGAUUCUCCUCCACUACCACAAUCUCGACCUGAAGAGGAACCCUCCGUGUUGGAUGGCGAUCAUGGUAUCAAUAUCGAGGCCUACUUCCAGCGCCGCCACUUCUCGCGCGCGAAUUCCAUUUACACCCUCUCCCGUCUGAGCUUCACCAACCAAAUCCAGCAACUGACGUCGAUCAACCUUCCUCCGCCCCAUUCGCUUUCCUCCGAGAUCUCCGCUCUCCCUUCAUCCACUGCCGCUGCUCGAGCAUUACACGGCGCCGCUAAUAGCAUUCGACUAUGGAUGGCCAAGGCAUCCGAAGUCCUUAAUGGCCUCGAUGCCGAAGACGAUGUAGAGUGGGCAGCAGCCGCUGGUCGGGAAGGACUGGCUGAAGUCGAUGCCGCAAUUGGCAAAUUUGAAGGGCUGGUCAAUGUAUACAUCACCGCCAUUGAGGAUCUCCAGGGUCGGUCCGACAUUGCCUCUCUCCCCACCCGCGAUCUCACAACUCUGGUGACGCAGAUGGAAGAGGUGGUCAGCAGUUGGUCCAAAAUCAAACGCACACUCAAGGACAUCAAAGCACAGGUGGAGAUUGCAAUGGAAUGGGAAGAGCUGUGGAACAUUGUCCUCGGAGAGAUUGGACUCGAAGUCGAGAACCUUAGUCGCCUUGUGUUCGAAAUGGAGGAACGACGGCACCGCGCCAUCAGUGAUUCAGUGGCGGAAAGUGCCGAGAAAUUCGAUAUUGCAGAGCUAGAAACCAUUGUCGAAGAGACCCCCCGUCAGCAGGCUCGCGAGCAGGCAAGACUGCAAAGCAACCGGUUUAGUAUGCCGAAUCCGGCCGCACUCUUGUCGCCCGUGUCGCCCAUUCCUCAGAUUGAGCAGGAAAACUCGAGACUACUUUCACUCUUUGCCAAACUGCAGCCCCUACGCGCCUCGCUCGACUUUCUUCCUAUGCGACUGUCAUCCUUCCAAAUGCGCGCCAGCAAGAUCUUUCCUUCGGCCUGUGAAGAACUCACGAGGCGCAAGGAGCAGCUGGAAAAUCUCGAAAAGAAACUAGAGGCGGAUGCAGAUGCUUUACGUGAAGAGUUGGGCGAAGACAAGUGGGUGCACAGCUUUCGACAAGCCGCAAGUAAGGCCACAGCUAUGUAUGAGUCUCUCAUGAAGAGCAUGCAGAGACUGAAACAAGCCAUCAACGAAAACGAUGAUGACAAACUCAAUGCUCGUGUUUCCACCUACAAAGACAGGAGGGAGCAUUACCCACCCGCCAUGAAGCGUGUGUUACAGCUGAUUGAUAUUGAAAUGAAACACAGGUCUACUGUGAAUGGCGAGAUCUUGCGCAUUCAGCAAGAUGUUCGUCAAAAGGUCUCCGACCUAGAGGUUGACAUGCAAGAGAUGGAUAUAGUUCUGGAAGAGAUCACAACCAGUCACAAACUUCGCGACUCGGUGUCGACGGUACUUUCCUCUCGUACCGAAAUCUCAUACGGUGGCUCGGCCCUGGAUACCCCCAACAGCUCACCCGCGUCGAGCAUCAUUGUAAGUCGCAAGAGCCUCGACAAUAGGUCUGGUACACCUUCAGGAAGACUAUCCCGCCAGACAAUCGCUUCCAGUGCGAAAUCCAAUAUUCCCACCAACCGUCGUUACUCGAGCCUACCGAUGGCUACAGGCACAACACCGCGUAAAUCGCUACCUCCGUCCCGCUUGGAGACUGUUUCUCCGUAUCCUCCGCGCGAUUCUUCUAGUACUCCAACAUGGUCACUGCGUUCAUCAACCCCUUCUUCGGAAAGGACUCCUUCCACGAAGCCUCGUUGGAACUCUAGUACAAAUAUGCGCGAUACUAUAGUUGGUCAUAACUACAAGCCUCUGUCGUUAACCACACCAUCGCCUCAUCGAAAGGCGCCACCAACUCCAGUGAGGACAUUGCGAAGUGUGUCGAGCCAUAGCGCCAUUCCAGUUCGCAGUCCUCUUGGUCGUUCUUCUGCACUGUCACCGCCUCCCCACAAUCGGCCUUCUUCGACCACUCCAGCACAACAAGCUUCAGCCCGUCGUCCGCUAGCAAGCCCAAUGCAGUCACCCUCCACACCUGCUAGGCAUAUGUCACAAGUGCAAACAACUCCAGGCUCAUCUUCGCUAUCCACGGGUACUCCCUCAUCUUCCCGUCGAGUGCAAAUUGCUGAGCCUCCGCGUGAAGCGGAGAGUCCAGUUGCGCGCAGAGCUAGCAGGCCUGCCAGUGCGAUGAAUAGUCGUCGUACCAGCAUGCUGCCCACACCCAAGCAACGGACUCCGAGCGGAUCCAACAUUCCUGUCAUCACCACCCCAGCACGAGCUAGUAGCAGGGCUGGUAGUCGGGCUGGCAGUCGAAUGGGGAUGACCGAAGACGGUCGCAGGAGUAAAAUGGGCAGUGCGAGUGGACGUCAGUCAUCUCUCGAGACAAGACAACCCUGGAGGUGA